AUGGUUUCAGGAUCCCGACAGCGACUCCCGACUGCUGCAGUCCCGGCUGCUCGCAACGAGAUGCCAGAUGGGAACGAUGGCGAUGCUGCCAACGACAGGUCAGAUAGGAGCGCUUGCAGCGACGUUAACAUUGACGACCAUGCGAUUGCUACUGCUCUGCAGGAGGAGUAUGCAGCAGCAGAAGCGAGAUCUUCACUUGAGCAAGACCGUAUUGUCCCUCCUGAGCCUGUUUCUAAAGAUCACGCCAUAGCAGCCGCGCUACAGGAUAAGUACAUUGCAGCAAAAACGAAGGAGAAGAGCAGAGGAGAGUCUGAAUUUCAGGCGUCGUCCCAACCUGGAGCUCUUGCAGCAGACUCAGAUGAUCACGCCAUAGCAGCAGCGCUACAGGAGGAGGAGGAGCACCUUGCAAAGGAAACGAAGGGGAAGAGCAAAGGAAAGUCUGCAUCUCAGCCGUCGAUCCAAACCAAAUCUCUUGCAGCAGACUCAGACGAUCACGCCAUAGCAGCAGCGCUACAGGAGGAGUUUCUCAAGGAAGCCGAAUCCGAAGCAGCAGGUUCGGGUGCCACAGGUGCUUCUCCUGCUGUAUCAGGUUCACCAGACACUGCAUUGCCUGCUCUUGCUCCGUCCCCUGAUCUAUUUGCUGCUUCCCCACCUGUGCCAAACCGAAGGCUGGUUCUGCAGAUGGCAGAGAAGGGGAGGGAGAGGGAGCAGGGACAGGAGAGUGAGCGGGAGAGGGAGCAGGAAAGGAGCCUCCUGGACCCUGCUUUGUCCCCUGAUCUAUUUGCUGCUUCCCCACCUGUGCCGAACCGAAGGCUGGUGCUGCAGAUGGCAGAGAGAGGGAGGGAGAGGGAGCAGGAGAAGGAUAGGGAGAGGGAGAGGGAGCAGGAAAUGGAGCAGGGGAGGGAGCAGGCGAGGGAGCAGGGACAGGAAUGGAUGAGCGGAAGGCAAGCAGAUGCUGCAGCAGAGCAAGCGGAUGGUUUUGACAACAAUGAUUAUGAUAAUAAUGAUGCUAGUAAAGGGUACAAAGACAAUGAAGGUGAUGUGCGGACGGAACAACAGGAGGAGGAGCUGGAUGGUGACUUGGCUUUGGCCAUGGAACUGGCUUCAGAGGAACUCAGCAAUGCUGGCUUGAGGAGCAAUGAGCCUCCGACUGCAGGGCGGUCAAUCACGAGGCUUUUCACCCGAUCUAACUCCGUGCUGCACAGCAUGCGUGUGAACAGCGGUCGACUGCCCUCCUUGCGAGAGAGCCUGUCAAGCCACCAGACUCUCACAGAGAGGCUUGCAGUCUAUGGGCUGAGGGAGUUGCCAAUGGUGGGAGAUGGAAAUUGCCAGUUCCGAGCUCUGGCAGACCAGCUGUUUCGCAAUGCCAAUCGCCAUGCGGCCGUGCGACAAGCCGUGGUGCAGCAGAUGCGGGCGCAUUCAGAGUGCUACUCGCCCUAUGUGCCGGACAGCUUUUCUCGCUACCUCAGACACAUGGCCAGGAAUGGCGAGUGGGGCGAUCACAUCACUCUGCAGGCUGCUGCAGACAAGUAUGGAGCUAAGAUCAACCUCAUCACGUCCUAUCCAGGAGACCAGUUUCUAAUAGAGAUCUUCCCAUGCCAAGGCAAACCCACUAGAGAGCUAUGGCUCAGCUUCUGGGCGGAAGUACACUACAACUCCGUCUACAGUGCUGAAAGCCUUCCUCCACCUCAGCCGAAAAAGAAGCACUGGCUGUUCGCUUGA